UUUUUCUAUCCAUAAGCAUUCAUAUCUAACCUUCCGUUUGUGCGUGUGCAUUUUAUGGACGAAUCCAACUUCCAAUUCGCUUGUGGAAGUCAGCAGCUGGACCUUGGCCAGGUCAUCGGCGCCGUCACCACCAAGCAGCCAGAGAGCCAAGCAAAAAUGCAUUAAAAAAAAAAGAAAUCAAUAAAAAACCAAACUGCAUGAAAAAUAAACCAAAAUAAGACAAUAAAAAUUAAUAAAACAAACACAGAAUCAUAUAUCCAAACACUCUGGGCCAAAAAGCACAUACUGUCAGCAGUGUCCCUGUCAUUGCAUCCUGGUUGCAGCAUAUGCAACAGCUGCAUCGCUCACGCUAACAUCCCAUACAUAUUCAUCCAAGCCAAUAAACCAUAUGAGCAGCAUGAGUCUGUGGAAGCGCAUCUCGAGCCAUGCCGACUGCGAGCAGCGCAUGGCGGCUUACUACAAUAAGAAGGGUCUGUACGACCUGCGCCUCUGCUUGGCGCCCUGGAUCGAAGACAGAAUAAUGUCCGAGCAGAUAACGCCAAAUUCAACAAAUCAAUUAGAACGUGUGGCGAUCAAGUUUAUCGAGGAUCUGCAGCAAAAACUUUUAUCGACACGUGCCAGCGAUCAGGUGCUGAAGUAUCGCCUGGUGGAGCUCUGUGCGCUUAUCCAACGCACACCGGCACUUGAGCUUUAUACGCAUUUGCGCAGCGGCCUGCAAAAGGAAUUGCAGCUAGCCGCCGAGAAGAGUGUUGCCGUUGCCGCCGCGGGCCAAUCGAUGCCGCUGAACACCUAUAAUAUGAACAAUGCAGUAGCCGCUGCCGCCGCUGUCGUUGGCAUGAACGGUGGUUAUGUUGAUGCUAGUGAAUUGUUAGGCGUUGCUGGAUCAUCCCCAGUUGCUGCUGGUAUGUCAACCGGCAUUAUGAAUAAUAUGGGUGAAAAUGCAACGGCCGGCGGCCCUAUGGUCACACCCAAGGUAGAACUAUACGAGGUACAUCAUCAGAUUAUGCACAGCUUGAAUGAAUUCUCCAGAUGCACCGAAAGUCUCAAAGUUUUGGUGCAAAGCUAUCGAUAUAUGCUGAACGCGCCCAAUUCACCCGAUGCUGAGACACUGUUCAAGCGUUUAAUUGAGGAGAAAAACUCAUUCGUGGCCAGGCUGCGACGCAGCUUUUUGUACUAUGAGUCGCUGCAGGACAUGGUCAUUACGGAGCUAAAGAAUUGGCGACGCCAACAGGCCCUCGCCGGCAAUGGGGCACAUUUUAGCGAGAAUAUGCUGGAUGAUAUACAACGUUGCUUUGAGAUGUUGGAAUCGUUUGUCAUUCAUCUGCUGUCCGCUGUAAAAGAGACGAUUUGUGUGCGGCUUAUGAACGAUGAUCCAGAACUUAAUUGUAUGCUAGAGCAAGUUCAGGUGGCACAAAAGAAUUUAGUGUGCUCCGCUUUUAUUGUGGAUAAACAGCCGCCGCAGGUGAUGAAGACAAAUACACGCUUUGCGGCCUCAGUGCGUUGGCUGCUCGGCUCCCAGCUAGGCAUACAAAUGAAUCCGCCCACAGUCGAGUGUAUUAUAAUGUCAGAGUUGCAGGCUCAGCGUUUUGUGACCCGUGGCACACACAUGGAUGUGACCCAUAGCAGCCUGGCUGGACAAUCGUCGGGCGAGAUACAAAACUGCUCCAGCACCAUGGAGUAUCAGGAGAGCAAUCAUGUAUUCUCCGCCAGCUUUAGAAAUAUGCAGCUGAAGAAGAUCAAGCGCGCCGAGAAGAAGGGCACCGAGAGCGUCAUGGAUGAGAAAUUUGCAUUGUUCUUCUAUGCCACCACAACAGUAAAUGAUUAUCAGAUUCGCGUCUGGACACUGUCGCUGCCUGUGGUGGUCAUUGUCCAUGGCAAUCAAGAGCCGCAAUCUUGGGCCACCAUUACCUGGGACAAUGCAUUCGCAGAUAUUGUUCGUGAUCCGUUUGUGGUCACUGAUCGUGUCACCUGGUGUCAACUGUCUGUAGCACUCAAUACCAAAUUUGGCUCCUGCACACAACGCGCCCUGACCUCGGAGAAUUUGGAGUUUCUAUUCGAGAAGCUGCAGCGUGACAAUAUUGCCGGCGAGCGCAAUGAGUAUAUUUCCUGGAAUCAAUUUUGUAAGGAACCGUUGCCGGAUCGCACGUUCACCUUCUGGGAAUGGUUCUUUGCCAUUAUGAAACUGACCAAAGACCAUUUGCUAUCCAUGUGGAAAGCCGGUCGCAUUACGGGCUUCAUCAACAAGGCAAAGGCACACGAUGAUCUCUUGCGGGCCGUGACUGGCAUCGGCACCUUUUUGUUGCGCUUCUCUGACAGCGAGUUGGGUGGUGUUACCAUUGCCUAUGUGAAUGAAUGUGGCUCAGUGACAAUGUUAUCACCUUGGACUGCACGCGAUUUCCAAAUACUCAAUCUGGCCGAUCGCAUUCGCGAUCUGGAAAUGCUGCGUUGUCUGCAUCCGACCGACAUCAACGUACAACCGUUGGACCGCGAUCUCGCUUUUGGCGACUUUUAUACACAGCGUACUGAACCAACGCCCCGUGUCGAUGGAUAUGUGCCAAGCACGAUACGCGUGCAGGUGCGUACCACUGGGGAUACAGGCUCCAUAAGUGGCACGCCCCAUCACCCAAUGCAGUCACCGCCGCAGGAUAGCAUGUCGAUGGGAAAUUAUUCUCCACCUAGUGGCAUCAUGUUUUAUAAUCCAUCGAGCGUCGCAACCACAUCCUAUAACAGGGAUGAUUCUGAUUCAGAUGAUAGCUCUGUGGCGCGUGAGCUCGAGAAUUAUGUCAUCAAUACAGCACCAGACGAUCCCAUAUUGGGUCAGAUAAGUCACACCAUAUUUAAUGUGUGCGCCAAUGGGCAUGAAGCACAGUGGAUGAUGCCCACUAAAUCAGCAUAUGCCGUUCCAUCGCCCUAUAAUCAAACGGUCCAAUAUUAAAACACGAAAUCGAAUUGAGGGCUAGUUUGGGUUGUGCCUCUUACCGAAAGUGGUAAUGAUUUUCCCAUGGCGGACUUUGAGACGAUGCAGAACUUUGAUGUAUAUAAUAGGCUAUAAGCCUAUUCAAAGCAUACAUACAUUUUUAUAUAUAUGCAAAAACAAAAUUUAUAUAAAAAUGCGAAAAUGUAUAAUUAAAUCGCGUAAACAAAAGAAUCCUAUAUAUGUUUGCAAGAAUUUGCUGCUUUUAACGACGUCCAUUAGAUGUUUACUGUAACCAACCAAACUUCCCACAAUUCACAACGAAUCGGACACUUCGACAUUAAAUUAUAAAACUGUUUUACCUAAAUGUAAUUUUACACAUUUGGAAUGCAUCAUUGUGGCAUGUGUUUUAUUUUUGCAUUUGUGAAAACGCCAAAAACGAAUCAACAAAACGACAAGAGCAAUGCAUGCAAAUUGCAGCACUUCAACACACACACACACAGACACCCACACAAAACCACUCACACAGAUCCAGGUCAUUAAAUUUUAAUAAUUUUUAUGCUUAUAGAUUUUCUAUUUUGGUUUAAAUAACAGAUUGUGGCAUGCAAGAUUUGGCAUGUGUGUGUAAUACGUGCUUAGACACGACUUGGUCAAUUUUGUCAAAUGUCUGUAUUUAAAUGAAUUAAUUUUAAGUGCUUAAGUUGAGCAGUUACUUGGAUUUAGUUAAGUUUUUUUUAUGUAACUACGGAUAUUUGUUGAAUCUAAAUUUGUGAGUUUUAUUUUUAAUUUUAAAUUUAUUUUAAGUUAUUUAGCUGGGACACAAAUGUACUUCAAUUGUGCUCAUUUUAGUUAUACAUUAUGUACGUACGUAUAUAUUUAUAUAUCUAUAUAUAUAUAUAUAUAUAUAUCUGUCUAUAUAUGAAUUGCUUUAUGUAUAAACCCCUUUCAUUGGCUUCCAUGUUGCAAAUGCAAACUUUCAAUUGAUGUAGUAUAUUUGAUAUGAUUUGAGUUAGGAAAAAAGUGUGCAUUGCAUUAAAAAUGCGUUAAAAAAGUAACUACUGCUUCUGUCGUCCACACCAAGGAAACAAAAGCACAAGAGGAUAAACAAAAGUGAGAUGAUGAUGAUGAUGGAGGAGCAGGAGGAGGAUGAUAAAAAUGAAAUGAUAACUAUUUUUUUGUGUAAACAACUAAGCUUUCAUUGUGAACUGUAAGAAUUUUAUAAUACUUUUAAGUAAUCCAACUUAAUCAAUAAAUAUAUACAUACUAUAUAUAUAUAUCUAUAUAUAUACACAAAA